CGGCCGCCGCUAUCUACGCAGUUGGCCACAAAAACACCAUCUAAAACAUAGCGCACACAGCGGAUCGCCCUUGAGCAAACAAAAAACACAAUCAAUCGGCUCAUCCGCUAGUUAGUACCCAAAAAAUGUUAAGUGAACGCGAGGCACCUCCUCGAGGUAGCGUGUGAUUCGGUGUGAUUCAGCUCGUUAAGGACACCCACACCUUCCGAGCGUCUGCGGAGCGAGCCAGUGUUGCACCUAGUCAGGUCGCUGUCGCGUGACUCACCGGAUUAUCCAGAAGAUUUCGAUCGUUAAAUUCGCUACGAUAGUGGAGGCUUAGAGUCGGUGUCGGUGUGUAACCGUAUCGGUAAUUAGUGCAAGUUCGGAUGCCGGUGGUCCGGCCGUGUGCCGACGUUGAUGACGGCGCCGGCGGCCGCUGCUGAGGAGUGAGGGGAGCACUCAUCUGCAGGGAUGGACGACUGCGACACCAUAUUCUAUGACGACGACGGUGAAGCUCAGUGCGAUAUGGGUCACUCUGAGUCGAAGGGUGCAAAGAAGCGAGAGAAGAGCGCGGGAGGGAAUGGUAACGGGAAACCGAGCCGGGGAGUGGCCACCUCGUUCGGGUUCCGUCGCCGGCCCGCCAGCACCUCGCGUGCUGACGACAACACGCGCAGGAAACAGAAGGCGCACGACAAGAACGGGAAUGGAGGUUCCACGGAGGAUUUGCGUCCGGAGGAGGUGCUGUCAGGCCGGUCGACGCCGCUCGCGAGACCACGCAAGGAGACCCCCGGCCAACCACUACGUUCCACCAGGUUCGGUUUCAGGCAACAACACGCCAAAACUGCGAAGGUCGGGGACGUGAGCGUGGCUGCGGAGCAGGCCUUCGGAGCCCCACAUAAGGACAAGGAGACAGCCAUAAAUAACAAUGCAUUAGAUAAAAAGAGUCCAGGGUACAAUCAGCUGCCGUUGCAGGCGACGCAGGUGUCUUCUACCGGAGUGACGACCGUCGUGGGUGCCGGCGGAGUGCCCAAGACACACACCAAGCAGACCGUCAUACUCACAUACCAGACACAACAAUUACCAGCACAGGAUGUCCGUCCAACAAAGAGCGUGCGGAUAUCAGAGCCGGCCUCGCGAGGUGCCUCCGUGCCCCGAGUCCAGCCUGAGCCGCAGCGAGCCCCUGGGAAGUACACCUUCCAGACCACACAGCUACCUAGACCACAGUAUCCAGCUGUCAAGCAUAUCGACGCUAAGGCAACUAAACAGGUGGUGAACAGCACGAGGAAGUCCGGUGUUACUGACGGAUGGAGGGAAGGCGCAGCGUCAGCAGUUUCAAGUGACUCCGGAGUGUGGACUGGUGGUGAGGGCGGCGGAGAUGUCUCACCACGCAUGCGCCGACGUCCGCGCAACCUGGAGAUGGUCAUGCGCAACUCUCAUUGCUUCCAUCUGAGAGAGCUGCAAGUUUCCGACCUUGAUAUAAUGGAUGACGCUCUAAUCACCGGUCAGGCAGUGAUCCCUCUUCCAAAACUGCCAAGCACCUUCGAUGAUGACCUGACUCCGGAGUACGAGGUGACUCCAGCACCCACGUACAAGCCACCGUCUCCAAUCCUUCCGAAACCAGUGCCAGAAGUGUCAAUAAAACAGAGCUCGCCCAUGUCUACCCUGGACCGUUACAGAAAUAGGAACAGGCCGUCUUUGAUUCAAACUAACCUGGAUGAGGAGAAGUUUGUCCUGGAUAGAGCACAGCCUGAGAAAUUGAACAAGCAGAACUCGUUCGUGAAGUCCUCAAGCGGAGUAGUGUCUCCGACCACGGUGAACUCGUCAAAGGAAUCCAGUCCAUCUUGCAAGAGUGAGGAGAGUCACUUUGGCAACAGCAGUGCCUGGCAGAGCCACGCGGCUGGCGAAGCAAUGGCCACCAGAUCACAAGAUGACGUGUCCCUAGCUCUAAGUGUAUCAAGCUGUGAGGACGACAAGUCUAAGCUUGAGAACAAGGAGCCUCCGAAGGUGGAACCAGAGAUACCUAAGAAGACGAUAGUGAUCGUGGACGAGCCACCACCACCACAUCCUCUCCUCAUGAAGUCACUCACCAUGAGUCAGCAUGACGCUCUCCAAAGGACUAUGAUGGGAUCCAUGACAAGUUCAAACUACAGUACCACAAGCACAUGCACAAACCAAAGCGGUGACCACCACAACCUGACUCUUACCCUCGAGGACUCCAAGUUCGACUUAUCAGCUCUGGAAACCUCCACGCAAAGCAUGUUGGAUGACGAAACCUCACCUGCCGACAGUUUGAUCUCCUCAACCAGUACCAGCGACUCCAAUAACGAGCUGCAGGUGGAAAGGGAUCCUCCUUCGAUAAGCUCAGCGUAUCAGACCUGUAACACCAAGACCAGGUCUCCAGAACCCAUCAUUCAGGAACAGGAUAAUAUCGAUGGAGAAGCUUUGCAACCUGCUAAGGAGGUCGUGAUUGAAAUUAAAAGGGCAAGUAACGCUGGCAGUGCAGAUGGUAGCAAGAACCCGACUCCGGAGUCUCCAGGGACUCCAACUCAUGCCUCUGGGUCCCUCUCCCUGUCUGAUGGCCGAGAUUUCUUCGAUGAUGAGAUCGCUGACCAGCCAGCAUUACUCUUCAGAAAAAACGCAGACGGCAGCCCUUCAAAUAAAACGGUUGAGACAGACACGAGUAAACAUCUGCGAAGGUCAAGAGAGCGUAUCACUUCCAGUCCAUUGGUGCAAAGGAAUCGCAAAUUGUGUGGUUUGCGGAAUGGCGGCACGGAGCGGACGCCGUCACUGGACACGCUGUCCAGCCUCGCGUCCGAUGACCUGAUGAUGGACAACGAUCUGGCGCAGUCCAUCACAAGCCUACAGAGCGUUGACGACUAUAUUGAGAGGCUGGACAGUUCACUUCGCAGCGGCCUCAACUCUUUAGACGAGAGGCAGCUUCGUCAGGAACUAUCAUCAUCAAAAACCGCGGUGCGGCAAUGGAGCCAGCUGCUGGAGCAGAACAAUCUGCUGGACCGGCAGCUAGCCGCCAUGGCGCAAGGAAUAAACGCUUCCGACUCGCUUACAGCAAGCAACAACAGUCUUACCAACAUCGGGGCCAGUUUGCCAGUUCGCACAGCGCGGCUUCUGCAGCGCUCCCGGACGCAGACGCCGUCGGACGCCGGCAUCAGUGAUGGCAGUGCAUCGCCUGCGCCGGCGCCCGCCUCGCUGCUGCAAGACGUGGUCGACAUUAAGACACUGCUGCUGCAGCUCAAGAGGGUCUUACAGGAGCCUGGGGAGGAGCAUCAUUCGAUGAGUAGCGAAACUCUCGACCCGUUGCUGGCGGCGUGCGCGGAGAGCCCCGCGCGCGGCAACGGGCGCCGCCCCCCCGCCUCGCCGCUGCACCCCGACGCCUGCGCAGAGAUGCGCCGACAAAUACUCUACCUGCAGAGUCAGUUAGAGGAGCGUGACCGGUUGGUGCGCGUCCUGCAACAACAGAUGCUUCGCAUGGCCGAGAGCCACGAGCCGAGGCAGGACGACACGUGCAACGUGGCCACACAAACCGACCGGUUGCGGCCGCCGAUGAGCUCGGCGUUAACGAGUUCUGACAAUUCCGGAUUAGUGAGUUGGAAUGAACAAGCUAGCGUGAGGAAGCUGCCGUCUUACAGUGAAGCACAAAAGACUAAGAGACCUGUUACCAACGGGACUGUGAACAAAUGCCAGUGCGGUGUUAGGAAAGUGAACGGACUCAGUAACACGGACGAGCCCGUGCAGCUGCGGCCCAGCAGCCGCGUGGGCAGCAAGUACCUGCAGGCCGUGGCGGGCGACGGGCGGCGCUACCUGCGGCGCGACCAGUCGCUGGGCGAGCGCCACGAGCGCCGCGCGCCGCCCGCCGCGCGCUCGCGCUCCAUCGAGAACUUCCAGCAGCAGCCGUUCGCGCUCGGCCGCCACACGUCGCACGGCGAGCUCGCCACGAGCCACACGUCGCACGGCGAGCUCGCGGCGCGCCACACGUCGCACGGCGAGCUCAGCGAGGCGCGCCGCAGCCCGGGGCUCACGGGCCAGUCCACCGACACCGACUGCAGCUCCGACGGCGGGUACAAGUCGCUGCCCUCCUCCAUCAACUGCAGCGCCUCGCCCAAGAAGGUCAGCGGCAUCCCGCGGAGGUCUAUCGAACAAAAAUUCCUUUCCACUAAACAUGUCAAAGCGAGUGCUAUAUGAAGUGACGUUUCCGUUUAUUCCCCGCAUUGUUGUGAUAUUAUUUUGAAUCGGUUUGCUGGGCAGUGUCCGGACAUGAUGUAUCCAAGUUCCGCUCGUAUGUUAUGUACCGAUGACGUCAGUCCAUCUGCCCCGACUGUCUGGACACUGUCCGCAGGUGCGACGUGUGUGACUGCGAUUGUGACGUCACUAACGUAGUGACGUCACUAGGGCGCUAGAGCAACGCUUGUUCGCAUUUAUUUCCUCUCAUCGUAAAGCUAAUUAAUUAAGCUACGUUUAGUUGAACGAUGCCAAAUUAUAUCGAUGUUAUAGUUUGAUCUAAUAUCCUAAAAUCGUAUUGUAAGAUUUUAGUUUGACGAGAAAUUAAAUAUUUCAUAAUCCGAUGCUUAGUGCAUUUUAUUUUAUUGUAAUCAAACGAAUAUUGACCUCCUGUAUAAUACAGUUAGUGGAUUACCUUAAACGGAAACUAAUUUUGUAGAUUUAAUUUACAAAUUUGUAUACAGGCGAUAAAGUUAUCUUAGAUUUUCUAUGGUAGACAAACUAGUAAAUAAAGCUGUCAUAUGUGAUAAGAGUGGCUGUAAGACCUUAUAUUUAAUUUAUACCUACGACAUGAUAUCUUCCCUAUUGUUAAUCACUGAGUAUGGUUACUUGUGUAUCGGACGUGACAUAAUCAAAAUUAACUUAUUCAUGUUUUACGAACAUUAAUUUGCUGUGUAAAGUUAUUUAGACAAAGUAGGUAUCAAAUAGGUACAAACAUCACUCGCUUGUAAGGCAUUUUAAAUACAGAUGUCAUUUUAAAGCAUUUGUCGAAUCAAUGUUAAUGUAAUUUAAUAUUUAAACUUAGUAAAACGUAAUCUUCUGCAGAGCCUAAAGUUAAGUAUCCUAUAUUGAUACCUAGAACGGUUACCUACGUAUGUACUUCAGGAAUAUAUUUCAAUUUAUUGUGUACUUAUGGCUACUUGUAUCUAUCCAAUAUAUUGCGCUUUCCUACGUUAGUUAUGUAAGUCUAAGCCCACUAGCUUUAGUAAAGAUUAUUUAAUUUAAAAAUUGAAGUUGUUUCAAUAAAUAAUUUUAAUUUU